AUGACGGGAUACUACCUUUUCGAAACGACCGACUCGGUUAUCGAGAUCCUUUGGGAUGUCGCGCUCGUCUUCUUCAUUGUUCGCAUCGCCUGGACCUACUUCCUCCUUACCUUCUCAACAGGCACGCUGCUCUCUUGGGUUAUUUGCAAGUACCAGGCACAAAUGCUGCCUGCCUCCAAGCAACACCUUACAACGCCCGACACGGAGCUCAUGCUUGUGCCCUUACAGACCGUCAUUUGCAUCAUCUGGGCGCGCUACAUCGUCGUGGCCUACGAGAUACCGUGUGUGGCAUGGUUCAGACUUGCCAUUGGCGGGCUGGCUGCGUCGCUCAUGUUCGCGGCCGAAGGGCUUCUUGGGCUGGUUUUGUAUGAGAAGGGUUACGGGGACUGGAUCUGGGAGUCUAAUGGCAAGGCAUGGUUUGCGUUUGCUGGAUUUCUCGGGGCUUUCGCGCUGAUGCCCACUGCGAUGAUGGGAUUAGAAAGAAAGGUCGUGAAUGAGGGCGAGAGGGAGUUUGGAACCGGCAAGGGGUUGUCGGACGCCGUACCUACAGGAAAUUCCACACCCGAGGGCGGCCUGGAGAAAGAUAGUUAG